AUGCUCAAAGUCGCGAUUUUUUUCCUCUCGAUCUCGCUUCUUUUCGAACGCUCAUUUGGAGCCCCACAACCGGGGACUUGCACUAAAGACGACGAAUGUCCAUCCGGAUCCGACUGUUUCAUCGAUCCAGAGAAAUGUCCGAAUGUGGGUGAAGGCUGCGGCGGCAUUUGUCGAUCCAAGAAUUGCGUCUCGGCAAACGAUUGCCCAUCAGGCGAGAUCUAUUGUAUUCGAGCCGAAUUGAAACUUUACCUUAUCCAGGGCACGGAACUGAUUUUCUUCACCACUUCUUCACCAAAUAACAAAAAGAAAAUGCAUAUCACU